AUGGAGAGCUUGACGAUGCUCCUUAUCAUGGGACACUUCAUACAACUGGGAGUUUCAGUUAUUCCAGUUUCUACCAUUUAUAGUCCUGACGGCGAUUUGAUUGAUUGUAUCUACCGGACGGAUCAACGAGCCUUCGACCACCCACUCUUACGAAACCAUAUUAUUCAGGAAUAUCCUACCAACAUGCCACAAAUAGAAAAAAGCGUACAAGAAAAUUGGCAAAUUUGGCACGACACCGGAGAAAAGUGUCCGGCAGAGACGAUUCCUAUGCGUCGGGAAUUGAAUCCAGUUUCUCACCAAAAGCAGCAUGUACAUGUUCCAAAAGAGUAUGAGGUCGCCAACAGAGCAACUUCAGGGCACAAGUAUGCAAUUGCAUACAUGAUUAACCGGACAAAUGUGUACGGAACAAGGGCAACGUUUAAUGUCUGGACACCAAAGGUAGAAUCGGCUUACGAUUUUAGCCUCGCUCAGAUUUGGCUGGCAUCUGGGUCAUACGAGACUGCGGAUCUCAAUACUGUUGAAGCCGGUUGGCAGGUUUCUCGGUCGAGGUAUAAUGACAGCCAGGCCAGAUUGUUUACAUAUUGGACGGCGGAUGGAUAUAACAAGACCGGGUGUUAUGGCCUCGACCUUCCUGGAUUUGUGCAGACUAGCAGUACCAUCGCCAUCGGAGCUGCCAUUGGUCGCACCUCGACAUAUGGAGGCACCCAGUUUGACAUGACACUUCAGAUCUGGAAGGAUCUGUUUUCAGGACAUUGGUGGCUGGCUCUGGGCCCAAAUUUAGUGCCCAUUGGAUACUGGCCGGCCGUAAUUUUCACGACCUUAUCCGAUUAUGCGACGGCAGUUGAAUGGGGAGGCGAAGUAUUAUACCGAAACCUGUCGAGCGUGAAUACGGUGGCUCAAAUGGGUUCAGGAGAAUAUGCCGACAAAGGCUAUGGGAAAGCGGCAUAUUUCUGCAAUCUGAAGGUGGCAGAGAACAACCACACCCUUCUCCCGGUUCAAGAUUUCGGCGUUCAAGCCGAUUAUCCAGAAUAUUAUACCGUUAAGAAGUCAUCUAACCGGAACUGCGGAAACCAUUUUUAUUUCGGCGGACCAGGACCUCAACGUUCAGAAGCAGUUCGGGGAACAACGGUUUUUGGUUUUUGCUUUUUAUUUUAUUUGAGUGUGUUUUGUUUUUAAAGUUAAGAAACUCGUGAAAGAACGUAAACCUAAUCUUUGUAUUUAUUAUCUUUGAAUCCAAUUACAAUAAAUUAGAACCCUAAACACAUAAAUAUGAAUUUUCAAAAUUUUAAU